AUGGUGGACGCUUUCGUGGUUAAAAAUAAGAACUUAAGAACAGAAGAUGCACUGGCAACUUUAGAUCCCAGUUUUAUAAAAGAAAACCCGGAUUUUGUUAGCUCAUACAAGGAUAUUAAUUGGGAGGACAUCAAUACUUUGAAUACAGUUCUACGCAACAUAGAGCAGUUACUUCAAAGGUAUCCUACACCCAAUCACAACAUUAAGACAUGCGUUGAGAUAAUUUUCACACAGAUUCUUGCACGAUAUCCACUGUUGUUUGGAUAUUGGAAAAAGUUUGUUGCUAUAGAAUACCAGUUUCAUGAUCUCAAAGUCUCUUUGAAGACUCUGGAGACCGCAACGACCAAGUUUCCGAAUUCCUUAGAACUCUGGUGCGAUUAUCUGCGAGUAUUGAUAGUGAAUUAUCCACAAGAGGAUAAAUUAAUUCAAGCGAAGAUACAACAAGCUAAAAGAAUAUUGGGGAAUCAGUUUUAUUCUCAUCCCUUCUGGGAUCUAGUUAUUGGCUAUUAUUCUAAUCUUAAAAGAACUGAAGAAUUGAUUGAAACUUACUGGGAAAUUGUCAAGAUCCCAUUACACCAAUAUGCAAAAUUUGUAGAACCAUUUAAGAAACUUUUGAUUUCUAAUGGUAUGCAAGCCGAUAUUAAAAAGUUAGAGAAAGAUGUCAGGUUGAACCAAACUCAAGUGACGGAAAUUUGGAAGUUUGAGAGUAAGAUAAAACAAAACUUCUUCAAUUUGACUCCAUUAAAUGAAAAUGAAGUCCGGAAUUGGCAAUUCUACCUAGACUUUCUGAUACUAAACAAUAAACCAAAUACAAUAAUAACGUCUGUCUUUGAAAGAUGCCUUAUACCAUGUUGUUUCGUCGAAGAAUACUGGAUAAGAUAUGUCGAGUGGCUUUCUAAAAAUGAAUAUGGCAUAAGCGAUAUUAUCGAAGUAUAUCAAAGGGCCCAUAAGUUGUUACCUACCCAGUAUAAAAAUUUUAGAACACAUUUCGUAAGCUUCUUAAAAAAGAGGUUCAAAAACGAUAAAAAUAGAGAAUAUAUUCAUGAUGUACUAAAUGAAUUACUUGUGGCGCUAUUGUCGACAUGGCAAACAAAUUCGGAACAGUUGAUGUUAAUGCAGGAGUAUCUAACUUUACUGAAAAGGUAUGAAUAUCCUAGUAGUAUUGAUAUGUCAGCAAAGGAGAUUUUGAGUAAACAAUCGACUUUUGCAAAUUUUUUGGAAGGUAUUAUUUCAAAUUACUUGAAUCAAAAGAAUUCCAGUCAGCAACAUAUGGACAGCACUUCUGAAUUGCAAGCAAUUUUAAAUGAUAUGAAUUUACCUGUUGUCUGUGUUGAAUUAAUAAAAAUGACAUGGUUGGUGUUGAAAAAUAAUAUUCAAACAAGAAAAUACUUCAAUCAUUAUAGUAAAAUUUCCGUCUUGAGAAACUCUACCGUAUACUCACUUACUUACUAUAAGUUCGAGAAAUCAACCAAAAAUUUUUUAAAACUGAACAAAUUCAUAAACGAACUUGGAAAUAGUAUAUUUUUACCUACAUCUGUGAUAAAUGACAUAGUUCAAGAUUAUCGAACCUUCUUUCUAACUAAUUUCAAUAUUACGGAGUAUAGAAAUUUAGAUUAUGAGUUGAUAGACCCUGUCUUGUUGUCACAUUUCAAAGUUAACAAUCCACAAUGGAUUCCACACUCUUAUGCAAGUAUCGAUAGUAACGACUGGUACAAGACUGAUGAAUUCAAAGAGAAUGGACAUCCCGGUAUUGUCUCGAACAGGCCACAAAUUACUAAUAGAAUAUUUGACAGGGAUAAUAAGCUAUUAUUCAGGGAUAAUAAGGCUCUGAGUGCACCAACCUUUAGAAACUUAGAAAAGAUAAAUCAAUCCAGUAAAUUUAAGGAUUUCUAUACAGAUGACUACUUGAAUGCAAAAUAA